CUCGGUUGGAUUCUUCAACCCACGCCUGCUCGUAACUUUAACUUUGUAAAAGACAAAAAGUGAGCGGAUAGAGUCUUGUGAAGGCAAAAGCCGCAGUGAGACUAGAGAGAGCGAUAGGAUGAUGCUGGCCCAAUUUCCUCCAUCUACUCGAAAUUGCUCUAUCAGUCUUAAACUAGCAAGCCUCAAUUCACCUUCGUUCGCCAAACCAAACUCCAAAUUCAUCCUUGGAACUGGAACUAGAAGAAACACUUGGAAUUCUAGAGCUCUCAAUCUCACCCUUGCAAAAGCCGAGGGAAGUGUUGACUCUAAUGCCGCCAAACAACCCACUUCAGCUUCUCCUCCUUUUAACAAUCAGGAAACAGUUUUUGUCACACAAGAGAAUGUUCCCCUAGAAGGCGUUAUCCAGUUCGAUAAACCCGAUUUCUCUUCCCGCAUAAACAAAUGGGGUCGCGUGGCUCUGCUUGCUGGUGGAGAUGUGUUGGCUUUGUUUCUCUUUUCUGCAAUCGGAAGAUUUAGUCAUGGGUUCUUAGUUUUUGACAUCGAAACACUGCGUACAGCUGACCCUUUUAUUGCCGGCUGGUUCUUGAGUGCCUACUUUCUUGGGGGUUAUUCUGAGGACGGUCGUGGAAUGAAUGGUGUCUCUAAGGCUGUUUUGGCUGCUGCUAAGUCCUGGGCUUUAGGGAUUCCACUAGGAUUAAUUAUAAGGGCAGUACUGACAGGCCAUAUUCCAACAUAUACCUUCAUCUUAGUGACAUUGGGUAGUACUGCUGCUCUACUUAUUGGAUGGAGAGCACUGUUGUUCAGCUUUCUUCCCAAUGAUAACUGCAAGAACAAUGAUGUUUACCGUCGUGGCAACCCAUUUGAAUUAUUUGAGGUUCUGCAUUUGCUUCGAAGAUAUUUGGGUGAAUAUGUCCAUGGACUUUCUGUGGAGGCUUUAAGAAUCAGUGUUUGGAAAGGUGAUGUGGUUUUGAAAGAUUUGAAUUUGAAGGCGGAGGCACUAAAUUCUUUAAAGCUCCCUGUGAUUGUCAAAGCUGGUUUUGUUGGUACCGUAACAUUGAAGGUGGCUAUCAUCAAUCUUGUAACUAAUUGAUUUUCUUGACUCAAAUUUUAUCUUGUUUGAUUAAAUGUUCGACAUAUUCACCCAAAUAUCUUCGAAGCAAAUAUCUUCACCCAAA